AUGUUGGCAUACAGCUUGCCAGCGGAUGCCACUGACGAAUAUGUGAAAAUUGGAGAGUUAACUGCAAUUGAAAGCAUGAAGAGAUUUUGUCGAGCUAUCGUAGAGAUUUUUGGCCAGCAGUGUCUGAGAUCACCAACAGCUAAUGAUGUUGCAAGGCUUCUUCACAUCGGUGAGCAACGUGGUUUUCCAGGAAUGCUAGGUAGUCUAGAUUGCAUGCAUUGGAGAUGGAAAAAUUGUCCAACAGCAUGGGCUGAACAAUAUGCAGGUCGUAGUGGAUCCCCAACAAUAAUUCUUGAAGUUGUAGCUGAUUAUGACUUUUGGAUAUGGCAUGCAUAUUUUGGUAUGCCCAGCACCAAUAAUGACAUUAAUGUUUUAGAAUCGUCACAUCUGUUUUCCAAUCUUGCUAAAGGGCCGUCGCGUUUUUGGAGAAAAGAAGUGCUACAUGAUAUAUUAAUAUCAUAUAUUAUACUGCACAACAUGAUAAUCGAGGAUGAGCGUGAUCUUAAUGCACCAAUUCAAGAUGCUUGGGAAGGUCCAACUCCAACAGUAGAAUGGUAG